GCCUUCACUCCUCCUCCGCCGCCGCCGCCAGCCUCGCCGACUCCGCUCCGGGCUGCGCGUGUGUGGUGGUUAUUUAUUUAUUUUCUAAGCACGCCUCUUGGUUCUUCUUUUAUUCUUGGGGGAAGGGGGAUGGGGAGGAGAAGCGCACACAGGAGCACCCACCCCGGCAAGGAGACCCGGCACCGCGGAAUGAAGCCCCACGCGCGCACUCCGCCGGGAUUAAGACCGAUCACAUGGGGAGGGCCGGGGGCGAGACAGAAGAGGCAGGGCCGCCGAUGUCAGUGCCACCAGCCGUGCCUCGGCGUCCCCGGCGGCGGAGAGGCGGCCGCCGCUGCUGCUGCUGCCGCCGCCGCUGCUUCCCCACACCAAGCGCCGCCGCUGGCCCCGCGGCCGCCGGAGACGUCCCGCCGCUGCGCUCGCCCGCGCUCGCCUCUGCCUCCCCGCGCCGCUCCUUCACUCACACAGGCACAGCCGCGGAGCUCGGCAGACACAGUCCCGGGCGCAACCUACCCUCCUCCUCCUCCGCCGCCGCCGCCGCCGCCGCCGCCGCCACCGCGCCCGCCUCCGCCUCCUCCCCUUCCUCCUCCCGGCCCCCGCCUCCAGCGCCCCGGCAGCCUCCACCUCCCUGCGGAGCCAGCCCCCCGCUCCCCGCCCCGACGUCGAAGCUGCGGGCGCCCAUUGGCUGGCGCGCGCGUCAGUUUCUGCUAGGUUGCUCCCUCGUCGCUCGGCCCUCCUCCCGCUCCUCCUCGCCGUCCCCGCCCCCCUCUCUGUUUUCUCCCAGCUGCCAGUCCAGUGGGCCUGCCGCCUCCGCCGCCCAGUCACCGCUCAGGUGUCACUGUUGCCGGCAGGCCGAGACUAGGGAAGGAGAAUGGGCAGGGGGUCGCGGCAGGGAGGAACGGGGCUCUACCCUGCCACCCUCAGCCCGGUGUGGCUUCUGCCCCUGGACCCCGCACACUCCCCCGCGCAGCUUUGGCAACUGUGCCUAGUCGGCUGGGUUAAGCCGCAGUUAUACUCUCUGAGAACCAUGUGCCCGGGUGAGAUUCCAUUUCCUGGCCUGCAUUUGUGUGCAUCUAAAUGGGUGCAUGUGACUAGCUCUGGCCAAGGCAUUGUGGACUGAAGUGUUUCAUCAGUUUCAGGCCAAGGCAGUUAAGUGGCAGUUAUACAUUCUUCAGAGCCUAUGAGUUCCCAUCCUUUA